UUUAUCAAAAGAUAUGAAACUAUUCACAGCACAAAAAUCACGUGAAGACAAGUCAUGUGAUUACAGAAAGAUACAAAAUGUCUGCUGCCAUGAAACUGUGUUUUGUUCUUAUUUUGCUGUUUAUUUGUUACGUUUUUGCAGACAGAAAGGUAUCUACUGAUACCCAGCACAGCUGUUUGACCAACACGUCUAUAUGUGGUAGUUUAGCUCAUGUAACAGCUGUAGGGGUCAAUGAUGUUCUUCAUUAUGUUGUCACUACCAUAGGUGUACCCUCUGUGUUUGUUGCAUACACAUCUCCAAAUGUCAAACUGACUGUUGACUGGGAACGGCUUCUCUCAGACAAUCAUACAGAAAAGGCCAACUCUGUCAUGCUAAAACCAAAAGCUGGUGUUCAUUAUACAUACACACUUCUCUUCACAAAGUUGAUCGAUUACAAUGACACGAAAGAUAAAGCUGACAUGUCCACCUACGAUCAAUCAUCAACAGAAUGGAACGUUUAUGAUCUGAGCACGUUUACCUGGGAUAACAUAUCUGCUGUAUCAGAUAUAAAAGGGAACUCUAUCAAGAUGCAAGCAUCCAGUCAGUAUCCGUCAGACCUUUGGCAAUACAAUGGAACCUUCUCAAUACAGUUAAGUGCAUAUAGCAGUUCUGGUCGGGAAUCACAGUUACCUCAUCUUGAAUACUCAGAGAACAUCACGCAGUUUGAUCUAAAUAUAGAUCACGUAUGGACAAACUUAUCCAUGUCACGAUUUGGUAUUGAGAUGGUUAUGCUAGGUGGCGGGAAAGAUGAGAUGAAAGUGGAUGAGACACGAUCCAUCGAUGAUGAGUAUACCCCUGGCGUCUUUACAAUAUUUAAUUGGCUAACACGAGGUGGGGACACAGGAUUCUUACAGUGGAAACCUGUCUGCUACCAGUCAUUGGAAAGGUCACGCAGUGAGGCUACUGGAAUGAAGCAUUAUGGGAUACAGGCACUAACAGACGAAAAUAAAAAUAUUCUUAGGGACACAUUGGCAUAUGGUUACUAUGGAGAAAAUUUUACAACUCAAAUGAGCCAAGCUGCCAACUUAUCAUUUGGUUUGUCAAAAGAUGGAGGGUAUAAUAAAACUCAAGUUUUAACUUGGUCUGGAUCUGUAGGGUAUGGUACACCACCAAUGGAUACCGUAUCUAUGUUAGUCAUCAUCAUUAUCUCCGCCGGGCUUGGUCUACCAGCGGUUAUCAUCAUUUUUGGCGGGAUUUUUACGUGUAUCAAGAAAAGGAACGCAAAACCAGAUAAACAGCUCAAGGAUAUACAGAGUAGUGGAUACCAACGAAUUGCCAGUGAUGAAUGAAUAUGAACAAAUAUAUAGGCUGUUGACAAAAAAUAAAUGUAUAAUCAAAAAAGCAUCUGUUUUGAAAAGUUUAAGGUGUCAUAUGGCAUAAUGUAAAAUGUGUCUUUUCCAAGCAGAACGUAAAAAUCUGAUUGGAUAAUAAAAUUUUUAAUUUACAAGUAUUGGAGUAUUGUCAACAGAAAUCUACAGUAUAUGAUUUGACACAUGAUUUUGAUACUUGAUUUAUGACAGGGGCGGGCCAUCUAUGGACAGUCGUGAAUUUAUUAAGCAAUAACUACCGUAAUUAAAGUGCAAAAUGCAUUACAAAGUAUUUUGUCUUGGCCAGGGAACUGUGUUAGGAAUUUGGAUAUUUUUGAAAUAAUAAUAAGCAAUUACGUCACAUUAUUUUAUACAUAUUCUUUAUAACAUAUUACCAAUUUUAAAAUUUAAUGUAUGAAUAUAUAAUGCGCAAAUUGCACCCCAAAAAAUGUACAUGAUAUUUCAAAAUUUAAAACUCACAGAAACCCAUGGAUUUAGAAUAUCAUGUGUUAAGUAUGUAUAUUUAUUUUGCACUUUUGAAUCAGAAUAUGUGCAGACAUGUGCAUGAAAAGAGUGCUUUAUAAAUGCAAUAUAAUAACAUAAUAAUAAUAGAGAAAUGAGCCGUGCCAUGAGAAAAUCAACAUAGUGGGUUUGCGACCAGCAUGGAUCCAGACCAGCCUGCGCAUCCGCGCAGUCUGGUCAGGAUCCAUGCUGUUUGCUAAUAGUUUCUCCAAUUCCAAUAGGCCUUAAAAGCGAACAGCAUGGAGCCUGACCAGACUGCGCGGAUGCGCAGGCUGGUCUGGAUCCAUGCUGGUCGCAUACCCACUAUGUUGGUUUUCUCAUGGCACGGCUCAAAUGUAAAUAUUGUCUUCUGAAGUUAACAUAAAAGGAGAUUAUUGCUAAAUCAUUGAAUCAGUUAUGCCAGGUUAUUGUGAAAGAUUUUGAACCCGAAGUAUUAGCUGUAGUAGAUAUAUAUGAAAUGCAAGCCAUAAUGUCUGUGAUAUUAAUUGAAAUAUGAAAGAUCUGAAAUCUUUCAGGUUCUGUGAAAUCUCUUCAUUUCAUGGUGAUUUAAAAUCAUGGAUUUUGACCUUUAAAUGUAAAAUGAAUGGGAGUUUUACUGCUCCAUUAGGAUUAAAUUUGUUAGGAUUAAAUUUUCAUAGAUUGACUCAGUUACAGAAUCCAUGAAAAUUAGUUCCCAAUGAAAUAUGAGGAUUUUACAGUAAUGUUUCACACUUUUACUAUGCCUUAAAUGUGAAUAUUUUCAUAUUAAAAAAAUGGGGGUCUUGUAUAAUGGCAUUGCUUGAUUGCACCUCAAAGCAGAAGCUAAUCUAUGUUGAGUGUUCAUAAGAUAGUGCUUUGAACUUUCUUAAUUUCAACUGUAUUUUAUUAAAUUUUGUCCAUUCAAAUACUGGUGUAAAAUAUUUGUCCAGUGCCAAACACCAUAUUAACUCACCUAUAAGACUAUGUUUUUCUUCUUAAAUAUGAGACCUUAUGUGGUGCUUCAUCUAAUAAAUGUGUCAAUUUAUAAGAGUCUGACUUUGAAGUUAUUAAUGGAACCUGUUUUAUAGAAGUAACUUCCUAUAGACAGGUAAAUAUGGUAUGUUGAAAAUGUUCUCAACUCAGAAUUGGGAAAAGCUGUAUUUUAGACUUAACCAUAACCCUGCUAAAUUUCUACAAUGAACUUGUCUAUCUUUCAAUUUGGACAGAUGUGCAGUCUGAUCUCGGUCUGCACUGGUCGCAAAGGCAGAAUCACUUGCCACCAGCAGGCUAAGGAUUCCUUCUAAGCUUGACUUUUCGAAGAAAAAGUAGAGCUAUUGCACUCGCGUCGGUGUCGGCGUUGGCGUCGGCAUCGCCGUUGGUUGAAGUUUUUGAUAAAGUCAAAUAUCUCUGUUACUAUCAAAGCUGUUGACUUGAAACUUUAAAUAGUCAUUUACUAUCGAAGUCUCCACCAGGAGAAACAAUCCCCAUAACUCUGAUUUUAAUUUUGACAGAAUUAUGCCCCUUUUUAACUUAGAAUUUUUGGUUAAAGUUUUUGAUAAAGUCAAAUAUCUCUGUUACUAUCUAAGCUAUUGACUUGAAACUUAAAAUACUUAUUUACCAUCAAAGUCUACACCAGGAGAAACAAUCUCCAUAACUCUGUUUUGAAUUUUGACAGAAUUAUGCCCCUUUUUAACUUAGAAUUUUUUGUUAAAAUUUUUGAUAAAGUCAAAUAUCUCUGUUACUAUUAAAGCUUUUGACUUGAAACUCAAAAUAGUUAUUUACUAUCAAAGUCUACACCAGGAGACACAAUUCCCAUAACUCUGAUUUGAAUUUUGACAGAAUUAUGCCCCUUUUUAACUUAGAAUUUUUGGUUAAAGUUUUUGAUAAAGUCAAUUAUCUCUGUUUCUAUCAAAGCUUUUGAUUUGAAACUUAAAAUAUUUAUUUUCCAUCAAAGUCUACACCAGGAGACACAAUUCCCAUAACUCUGAUUUUUUAAUUUUGACAGAGUUAUGCCCCUUUUUAACUUAGAAUUUUUGGUUAAAGUUUUUGAUAAAGUCAAUUAUCUCUGUUACUAUCAAAGCUUUUGACUUGAAACUCAAAAUAUUUAUUUACUAUCAAAGUCUACACCAGGAGACACAAUUCCCAUAACUCUGAUUUGAAUUUUGACAGAGUUAUGUCCCUUUUUAACUUGGAUUUUUUUUAACUGGCAAAGCUCUAAUUCAGAGUCAAGCACUGAGAAAAGUCGAGCGCACUGUCUUACGGACAGCUCUUGUUUGUAAAUAAAAUCGCUGUAUGACCUACAAUUGUGUUGGUGUGACGUUAAACCCAACAAACUUAUUUUGUAAAUAAGAUUUAUGAACAUUCUUUUAGUUAAAUAUGUGAGGAUGAGAUCAUUAAUUUUGUAGCUUCGAAAUAAAAGUAGUGUUCUAGACAAUAUUCAUAAAAUCAUCCAUGCAGUCAGUUUGCAGAAAAGCUCUUAAAAAAACACAACAGAAAUAUGAUACAAAAUAGAAUGAAAUAUAGCUGACCCUUACAUCGUACUCAUAAAAUAAUUUUAUCAACUUUAAUAGUAUUAAUCCAUGAUUAUCAAUACUUAUUACAUGACUCCUAAUAAUUAGCAAUAUAAGUCACUGUUUCAUAGUUGGUUCAUAGUUUGUGUUAUUGACCAGUCUGUGGUUCAACACUUACAGUUUUGUUGGGUUAAAGACAAAACCUGAAGAAAACAAAAUUUAUAUGAAUUUUUAUUUUCUGAUGUGAUGAAAUAAAACACUUAUUGAAUGACUUGUCAAUCUUUAGUCAAAACUAUUGACCUUUGGUCCUUUAAGGGCAUUAGACUUUUUUGACUAUUGACCAGCAAGCCUUUGAAUAAGUAUAUAUCAUUAUGUGGCGGUCCAUAGUUUGUGCUCUAUGACACAUACUUACUGGGCUCAUAAGUAAAAAAAAAAAAAAAUAUUUAUAUCAUAUAAUUAAAACAUAUAGAAUGGCUUGCAUGUCAAUAGUCAAAACUAUUAGCUCUCAGCCAAUCAGACCUGUGGCAAUUGUUUUACAACUGACCUGAGAGCCAUUUAUAAGUGUAUAUUAUAUUAUAAUGCUUUUAGUUCUGAAAAACUAAGAAUUAUUUAUGUGUACCUGGAGGUCUCCUUGCUUAGGCAUGCUAUGAAUUAACUUUUUACAUGUAUACAACACUUGUGGCAUAAUAUGUGAAGUGUAGAAAUGGGUACAUAGGAUUUAUGUAAGAGAAUGGAUCCCAGUUUUGGAACUUUCAGAAGGUGAAAGGCCAAUUUGAGCACAAAACAGUGAAAAUAUCUAGACUUGCUGUAAUUCUUAACAGAUUCUUGCAACUGUUACUGUAAUUUUCAUGCUUUAUGUGAUAUUUGUUAAUCAAUUAGACAUCAAUGUAGGAACCCUCUUGCCCAUGUGGUUAAGGUUGCCGACUUUGAAUUACUUGGGUUCAAAACCUUGUUUGGAGUAUAGAAUUCUUCAUAUUAGGAACUAUCUGGCUAGCUUCCAUAAGGCAGGCCUGAUUUACUGUCAGAAGCUAGAAUUCUCAAUAUAACUUGAAUUAUGUCAGUGUGACAAUAAACCAAACAAAAUAAAUAAAUAAAUA